UUAACAACUGGCUAACUACAAAACAAAUUCUAUGCUUUAAAUAACAUAAACAUGAUUAUCGCUUCUUUUCGUAAGCUGUGUAAUUAAUAAAUAUUUAUAGAUAUUUAUCACUGCGUUCGUUAUAAAGUAUGAAUAGUCACCCAAAGCGAGGAAAGUUGUAUGUGAAUGGGCAAUUACUGGUAGCUUGUCUCUUUGCUAGUCUGUCAUCUGUUCAAACCAAUAAAGCGGCAGAGUUGCCAACCACAAUUAAGAGAUCAAGUACAUCGUACAAGGUCCUCUACCGUGCCCUCAACAAACAAAAGAUAAUAGCUUCACAUAUUGUUAUAGUAUUAUCCAUAUUUAUACUACGAUUCAUUACCUCAUGAUGUCUAUUUCUUUAAAAGUGCGUGGUGAUACUAAAAGUAGGAAUCUAGAAGUACAUUAUCUUCCAGCUAAAAUAAAUGGAGAUGGGAGAACAGAUAUAUCAAACUAUUUCAGUUCGUAUACGCGGGUAGCCCAAGGUAACUUAUUAACAAAUGCUAUUCGUGGUUUCCCGCUAAAUGGAGAAAUUGUUGAAGUACCAACAACUCAUAGCUCAUAUGUUUUACAAGAAACUGAGUUUUCAAAUUCUGAAAAAUCGCGAAAUAUAUAUGUGACUGGUAAUUUCAGUAAUUUUUAUUAUUGGAAUUAUGAUAAAAUACCAAGCAAUGGAGAUGCUUACAAACAGGCUUUAUAUUUGUUCAACAUAUCCAAAGAGUUCUCUGAACCAGUAACCGAAAGUGAUAUCCAAAUUGAAAUUGAAAAACGGAGGAAAAUAUAAAAAAACACUAUUUAAUAAAAAUUUAGUAUAACUCUAAAA